AAAAGUGCCGCUUCCGGCGCCCGGCUGGUUGGUAGCGAGGCGGCGGCGGUUGUGCCUGCGGGGUUCGCGAUGUGUGUCUCAGGGUUAAGCUUGAAGAAAUCCGGGGCGUUCCUGAAAGCCUUGAAAGGCGAACCUCGCUAUCGCCUGGCCCAGAAUGUGGCUACGUCAACGGAUUUCCUGGAUGGAAGCCUCGACCGGGACGUUCUCCAAAACACCCUGCAGGUCUUCCAGCACGCGGUGCCGGCCGAAGGGAAGCCGGUCACCAACCAAAAGAAUUCAGGUAAACCGCUACAGAUGCGGGAAUAUUGUCUUCGGCUACGAAACAUGGUCGAGACCGGAUGUAGCAAAGAGGAGCUUUCGGCAGCAGUCGACACCAUGAUCGAGGAGGUUUUCCGGGUCGUCAGCAUCUGCCUGGGGAGCCCUCCCACCACCUUCUGCUGGGAAUAUUACGACAAGGAGAAGAAUUAUCACAAGAUCGGCCCGAUCAGCCCCGCAAAGUUCUACCAAGAGCACGUCAAACCAUUGUUUGAUAUGGAGAGCAAGGUGUGCCUGGUGAACGAUCCUCGUCCCCGGAACAAAUACAACCAGCUCUACACGGUGGAUUAUCUGGGCAACAUGGUGGGUGGCAGGAAGACCCUUUACAACAACCAGCCGGUGGAGCUCUUGAAAAAGAUGGUGGCCGCGUCUAUACAGGAUGGAGAGGAAGAACCGGACGAAGGCUACGAGAAGUGGCGCGUGGAGAAUUCCUGGGGUGAAGACCGUGGGAAUAAAGGUUACCUGCUCAUGACCGACGAGUGGUUCUCCGAGUUCGUGUACGAAGUGGUCACCGACCGCAAACACGUGCCAGAGGAAGUCCUGGAGGUCUUACAACAAGAGCCCAUUCGCCUGCCUGCCUGGGAUCCCAUGGGGGCUCUGGCCCACUGAGCAGUCGGGACAAGGAGGGGACGACCCCCCCACCCCCUCUCCUGGGUCAACUCCAAGCCGGUGGGAGACCCGGGGGUCUGCGGCCGAGCCCUCCCAGGGGGAGGGGGGACCGAGUGUCCCAACUAGAGGUGCUAACAUUCACACACACACACGUACACACACACCCCUCCCCAUCCUUCGGAAGGCACUGUCCAUCUCUGGCCAUUGGUGGGGGGGGGUUGGUCAUCCCCCACUUUCCCCCUUUCAUCGGUGUCUCUGCUUUUCAUCGUAACACAGUGCCACAUUUCUUUCUUUUUUAAAAAAAAUAUGGCUUCUUAAAAAACUCAUCAUAAUGCACUCAUUUGGAAGCGGAGAAGGGAUUCUUUUGAACGAGGUGUAUGCAGAAUAUAUAUAUAUAUAUAUAUAGAGAGAGAGAGAUUUUAGGAUUUGUUUGUAGGCUGGAAAUGGAGGGUCACAUCGAGGGAAGAAGAUAUCGGGGCGAUGUGGAUAACUGGAAAUUACCCAGUAAAUUUUCUUACCCUGCCCAUCUUUUCCAGACUGGUUUUCUGCAACCUGGUGAGGCCUUCGCCACAAAAGAAUAUAUAUAUAUAUAUAAGCAAAAUAUAUUUAAUGCUUAUAAGGACCUCCGGAGCCGUUAACUGGACAGUCCGUGAUGCGUCUCACCCGGAGGGCACCAGGUUGGAGAAGAUGGUUUCGUUUCUUUUCUCUUCUCUUCUCUUUUUUUUGGGGGGGUGGGCUUUGUUCAACAGGAUUCCAGUUUGGGUGGGUUCUCCCCUUCCCCACGUGGGAGGCAGAGCGAACAAUCGUUGUAAACAGGCCGGCGACGACACACACACACAGAGCGAAAGGGAAACAUUGGGGAAAAAAUAAUAGUAAAUAAUAAUAAACCGCAUUUCGUAUGCCCUCAACCACUCUUAUGGUGCUAUGAAGUAUUUUAAUUAAAACACUUGCCUGAA